UGACGUCACACGAGAGGGAAUUUUCAAACACUGAAGGAGCGCACCGAACUGAAGGGGAAAGAUAAACAAAGGCGACGUUCAAAAUGCAAAGACCCGCAAAGGGCAAAACUCCAAGGAGGCCAGCCCUGAAGAAAACUUCCCACACACAAAAAGACCCAGUUGGUGUGUACUGCCGUAUCCGCCCUUUAGGAGCUGCAGAUGAGGAGUGUUGUAUUGACAUGAUCAGCAGCACCACCAUUCAGCUGCAUGCACCUGAUGGCAUCAAAGCCAACCGCAAUGGGGAAUACAAAGAGACCCAGUACUCCUUCAAAAAAGUGUUUGGAAUCCAAACCUCCCAAAUAGAGUUGUUUGAGGAUGUUGCCAAACCACUUGUGGAUGACCUCAUUCACUGCAAGAACGGAUUGCUCUUCACUUAUGGCGUCACAGGCAGUGGAAAGACGUUUACCAUGACGGGGUCUCCUGGAGAAGGUGGACUCCUGCCUCGCUCUCUGGACAUGCUCUUCAACAGCAUCGGUCCAUUACAGGCCAAGAGAUUUGUGUUUAGGGCAGACGACAAGAACGGCAUGGAGAUCCAAGGUCAGGUGGACGCUCUCCUGGAGAGACAGAAGAGAGAAUCGAAUCAACAGUCCGCAGUGCCCAAAACACCCUCUUCAAAGCAAAAACCUGACCCAGAGUUCGCAGACAUGAUCAGUCCAGAGGAGGCUUGCAAAUGUGAGGGAGUCGACGAGGACAGCUGCUACAGUGUGUUUGUAUCCUACAUAGAAAUAUACAAUAACUACAUCUACGAUCUGCUGGAAGAAGCUCCAUUCGACCCCAUACGACCCAAGCGUCCCGGUGGAGUCACACCUCUACGGAACCCUGAGUUGAUACCGCCUCAAUCAAAGAUUUUACGCGAGGACCAGAACCACAACAUGUAUGUGUCAGGAUGCACAGAGGUCGAGGUGAAGUCCACAGAGGAAGCCUUCGAAGUGUUUUGGCGAGGUCAAAAGAAAAGGAGGAUUGCCAAUACUCAGCUGAACCGCGAGUCCAGUCGCUCACACAGUGUGUUCAUCGUCAAACUGGCACAGGCUCCGCUGGACGCAGAUGGAGACCACAUUCUACAGGACAAGAACCAGGUGACUGUUAGCCAGCUGUGUCUGGUGGACCUGGCAGGGAGCGAGCGCACCAGCAGGACUAAAGCAGAGGGCAGCCGCCUCCGGGAAGCAGGCAACAUCAACCAGUCCCUGAUGACGUUACGCACCUGUAUAGAAGUCCUCAGAGAGAACCAGAUGUGUGGAACAAACAGGAUGGUUCCUUACAGAGACUCCAAAGUCACUCAUCUGUUCAAGAACUAUUUUGACGGGGAAGGGAAAGUCCGCAUGGUUGUGUGUGUCAACCCGAAAGCCGACGACUACGAAGAAACCAUGUUGGUCAUGCGCUUUGCAGAGUUGACCCAGGAGGUUGAGGUGGCGCGGCCGGUGGACAGGCCCAUCUGCAGCCUGGCGGCAGGGCGGAGACACCGGAACCAGGCCUUCAGAGACGAGAUGUCACGACGCCAGGAGGAGCGUCCCGGGGGACCCAGCAACACAGAGGAUGGCUCGGUGCUGAACCAGCUCCUGGACAGCCUGCCGGCCCUGCCUGCCUGUGAGUUGGUGGACCCCACCGACGAGCAGAGCCUGCCCCGCCUCAUAGAGGUGCUGGAGAAGAGGCACCGCAUUCGCCAGAUGAUCACUGAGCAGUACACCACAACUGCCAACACACUGAAAUCGAUGCUCCAGGAGUUUGAUGGCCACCUGAUGGCCAAGGAGAACUUCAUCCGUGAACAGCGGGGCAAACUGGGAGAGAAGGACAAGAUCCUGGUCAACCAGAAGAAUGAGAUGGAUCGGCUGGAGAAGAAAUCCAAAAUGCUGGAAUACAAGAUUGACAUUCUGCAGAAGACCACCAACAUCUACGAGGAGGACAAGCGGUCGCUGCAGCAGGAGCUGGAGAGCCGUGAGCAGAGGCUGCAGCGUGAGCUGUCAGAGAGGAAGCGCAUGGAGACACGCAUGCAGGGCAUGGUGACUGACACCAAGCACCAGUGGGAGAAGGAGUGUGACCGUCGCGUGAACGCCAAGCAGCUGGAGAUGCAGAACAAGCUGUGGGUGAAGGAUGAGAAGCUGAAGCAGCUGAAGGCCAUCGUAUCAGAGAGCAACAGCAGCGCAACCUCAGAGCAGCAGCGUCCCCCACCACCCCCAGACAAGCCCCAGAGAACCUUCCGGGAGAAAGACCAGCUUCGCGCCCCUGAGAAGAAGAGAUCUCCCUCGCCGCUGCCCGACUCCCAGACUCCCUCCACCUCCUGCUACCACCACCAGGUCAGGACAGCUCAGGGCCUCCCCCUCCCACCCUCCUCCUCCUCCGCUGGUAGUCUCUCAGUAGCCUCCGUCAUCUCUGAGUGGGAGCAGAGGUUCCCCAUAGGUAGGGACCCCCCCGGGACCCCCGGCGCGUACGGAAGCGCGACCCCAUACGGAAGCAACAGUGUGGGCCGCAGGAGAGGCCAGCGAUGGGCCCCUGAGACAGAGGACCCGGGCCCCAGCCACACAUACGGGCUAGACCUAGAAUCAAACUCAAGGACCACAGGAACACCGAUUCACCCACGCCACAGACGCUCACACUCAGCGGGUGGGGAGCGAUGGGUAGAUCACAAACCACCCUCUAAUUUGGACUUAAACACGGUCAUGCAGCCAAUCAUACCCAAUGCGAUCAAGGUGUCAGCGGCCAGCGAGAAAGCUCUGUCUAAAUGCCACAAGUAUGUUCUCACGCAUCAGGAGCUUGCCUCUGAUGGGGACAUUCAGACCAAACUGAUCAAGGGAGACGUGUUCAAAACGAGAGGUGGAGGACAAGCCGUGCAGUUCACAGACAUUGAAACGCUUAGACAGGAAUGCCCAACUGCUUCAAGUCGUAAGAGGAGGUCAUCGGGAGACGGGCCAGGACAACAUGAUGGGAACAAGAUGGACUGGAACGACAGAGAGAACAGGGCACCAGUGGCAAGCACAAGCUCGGGUCUUGGUCUCCAGAAUGGCUAUCAAAAACGCAGAAAGUAGGGCCUGGACUGAUGAGAAGCAUCAUCUUUUUCUAAAUGCUGGAUUUUUUUCUAUCUAAUCAUGACUAUAGCUUAAAAGGGACAUUUGAAUUAGAUUUAGAGAUAACGUGUAGCUCUCUUAUCACAUUGUAUAGCUUACCACCUUUACAUAUGAAACUUUCCUUCACUGCUUUUUCAAGCCCAAAGAUUAUUUAGAUGACAAAAUGUAACUUUUUUUUCAUACUCUCUCAAUUCCAAGGCACUUGUCUUUUUUUUUUUUUUUUUUAAACAAGGUUUGAUAAUUUGUAUAGACCUAUAUUCAGACACAUGAUCUGCAGAAAAUCAAUGGUAGAAAGCUGCUAGUGCAAAAAACCCAAUUAUAUACUUUGCUAAAGCCUGCCGGUCAGUCUCUGUCUGACUGCAAAUAAAUGUCUUUUUGAAGGAAUUUAUUAUUUAAAAACUGAAAAAAAUAAAUCAAGAAAUGAGAAUCUUA